AUGGCUAUCAUAUCAGGGAAGUGUCUAUUUGUAGUUUCAGUUUUAGUAGUUAGCUCAUUCUUAGAGCUCACUAAUGGAGAUCAACUCACUGAUGAAUAUUCAUCUCAUGAUCCAACUCUUCAUGAAUCUUUAAGAUUUGGGAUUCCAAGAAUUAAAUCUAGAACUAGAUCUAGAUCUAAGCCACAUAGUCCACACCGACAUCGACCUCGUCAUCCCCCUAGUCCUCUGCCUAAGAGGCCACCACCUUCUCCGCCAGCUGAGGAGCCACCAGUUCAGCCUCGACAUCGUCCCCCUAGUCCUCGGACUAAGAGGCCACCACUUUCUUCGCCAGCUCAGGAGCCACCAGUUCAGCCUCGAUAUCGUCCCCCUAGUCCUCGGAUUAAGAGGCAACCACCUUCUUCGCCAGCUGAGGAGCCACCAGUGCUUCCGCCACCAGUUGAGGAGCCACCAGUACUUCCGCCGUUAGGUGAGGAUCCACCAGUUAUUCCGUCACCAGUUGAGGAGCCACCAGCGCUUCCGCCACUAGGUGAGGAGCCACCAGUACUUCCGCCACCAGUGCUUCCGCCACUAGGAGAGGAGCCACCAGUGCUUCCGCCACUAGGUGAGGAGCCACCACUGAUUCCGCCACCAGGUGAGGAGCAACCAGUGCUUGCACCACCAGGUGAGGAGCAACCAGUACUUCCUCCACCAUGUCGCUGCGAAUACAGUGACGACUACGCGCCGUCUCCAUCACCAUCACCAUCACCAGGUGUGUGAUGAUCAGCCAUGAGAUAUGCUGAUACCAGAAAUUUAGUACUAAUAUGUUGAGAAAUGAAUAUAAAGUUAAGUAUCGCGUACUAAUACAAUAAAUAUAAUGGUUCUAAUCUU